CACUGUCCGGAGUAGUGAGAAGUGAAUCGGCGGGUUCAAGCUUUCGAGUCAAACAAGAUGGGCCCUUCGUCGGGAAUAUUUUCGGGGCUUCAGCUGUCUUUCCUACGGCCGUUCCUCUCUCAACCGCAUUCCCUGCCCUCCUCCGCACGAUGCUUUUCCACAUCCAAACCGGCUUCGGACUGGCUGGUCCCCAAGAUGUCCGAAAAGAGUAAAUCACGCAAGGGCCGUCCACGCAUGGCGACUGGAGGGUCGACUCGCGGCACCACAGUAGUCUGGGGAGAUUACGGUCUUCGCAUGCGUGAUCAUGAUCGCAGGAUAUCUGCCGCUCAAUUGAAAAUUGGAAUGGAAACGAUAAACCGCCGGCUAAGAGGUAUGGACUUCAAGCUGUACACCAGAGUCAGCGCAAAUAUUGGUGUCUAUACCAGCGGGAAUGAACAACGUAUGGGUAAGGGAAAGGGUAAAUUUGACUAUUGGGCCGCAAGGGUACCGGUCAGCCGCAUUAUCUUUGAAUUGAAGGGAAACCUACACGAAAAAGUAGCAAGAGAGGCAUUCAGAUUGGCUGCGCAUAAACUACCUGGACUUUAUGAAUUUGUUAAGAAGGGCGAACCGCCGGUUGUCGGCAUUACAAAAUUGAGUAACGGAGUCACAUUAGAAUCUUUAAAGAGAGCUCGAAGAGAGAUCACGUCUCGGGUUGUCUCAGAACAACCGUCCCCACCCACACAAAAUGCUGCUCCUUAGCUUUCCUUUCUCGAUGGACACGAUACGGCGUUGGUUAAGUGUAUUAUAAAUAUGUUCCUAUAGAAUGCCCAGUGUACAAUUAUACCUUUUGAUGCUGUGC